AUGGUAAAAGUAAUGAAAAACCAAAAAGUUGUCAUUGUCCUAGCAGGCCGAUAUGCUGGUCGCAAGGCUGUGAUAGUUAAACCACAUGAUGAAGGUAGUAAUGAACGAGGUUAUAGUCAUGCACUUGUUGCUGGUAUUGCUCGUUAUCCACGAAAAGUAACUAAACGAAUGGGAAAGAAAAAACAAGCACGUCGUAAUAAAAUAAAACCAUUUGUUAAAGUUGUUAAUUAUAAUCAUUUAAUGGCCACUCGAUAUACUGUUGAUAUUAACUUUGAAAAAAGUUUAAUCAAUAAAGAAAUAUUUCGUGAUGCUGGUCUUCGACGAAAAGCUCUUCGUGAUGUUAAAGAAAAACUUGAAGAUCGAUAUAAAACAGGCAAACACAAAUGGUUCUUUCAAAAAUUACGAUUCUAA